CAUGUUAAAUCCACCAUUUUGAACUUCAAUGUCCGAUCUCAUUUUUGUAGUAAUUGUAGUUUAACGCUAAAAAAUAGUUAAGUUGGAUAUGGUUUUUCCUUGAAAAAAGUUAAUUAACUUUUCAAAUAUUUUUAUUAUUUUUUUCAUAAACACGAAUGUGAUUAUUAUAUGUUUUCGUUUGAAUGCGGAAGAGAAAAGACAACGAAACGUCGAAGUGUACGGCUAGAAACUUCGUUCGCGAGCGCAACUCUGUCGGCUGAAUCGAUUCGAUCGAGCGAAUCAAAGUCGUCCGAAUCGCUUCUCGAAUAUCAAAUGUCGCGUGAAAAAUUUUUCCAUCUCUCGAAUUUUACGCCUUCCCCGCGGAAUUCUGCAACGAUCAUCCUGAAUGCGCGUAGCCAACUGACCGUCGGCGGUGGCGUACGUGACAAACGCCAAAAAUUAGUAUCGUGCACGCCGCAGGCAGGCGGCGCCACGGUCGUCGCGACCCAAUCUGGAAUUUGAGCUGGAACGCCACCUCUCGUUUGUACUCGUACGAUUGACGCGCGGCUUACGGCAUCGAGAAUUCGCGUGCGUGUUGUGUCAAAGAGGAGCCGUGAUAUCCAAGACGGGACCGUGCGGACGAUGGUACUGAUACAGGAGAGGUGAUCCCCAGGCCGUCGUUUUUCUGAUCGGCGCAACUGCUUAUUCGUCCGCGUAAUCUCUUAUGGAAGCCUUCUAUUCCCUGAUGCAAUCGCUGUUUGUUUACGCAAAGAAGUCGCACAUGGCUUAGCACUCGGACGCGCGUGCGAUUCGUCACGUGCGUCAGGAAUACCUGACGAGGCUGAAUGAGACGCGACGUGAGGAACAUCAAUCACUUGACGCGAGUAAUAUUUGUAACGUCGACACUUGUUAAUGCUGCAUUAACAAUCGCUGCCGCGCCGAAUCGGAGCAAAAAUUUAAUUGACUGGGGUAUGACGUAAUAGGAUCUCGAUAAAAAGAAAUCGCGACGUUUGUUAUUGAAAGAUAUAACAAACUGUUACCUUUCUCUAGUUAAGGAUUAGUCUCGGAAUUGUGAUUAAAUCUCAAAAAUAUCGUAAUGAUCUUGCAGUAAUAUAAUGAACAGAAAGAGAAAAAGAAGUAAGGUUAUUACAGAUUCAGCGAUGGCGAAUAAUAAUUCGAGAGGGAUACCUCGUAUACAGGUCUUCAGACCGACAUACGAAGAGUUCAAAGAUUUUACGAAAUAUGUGGAAUACAUGGAAAGCCAGGGAGCUCAUAAGGCUGGUUUGGCAAAAGUGAUACCACCGCCCGAAUGGAUCCCGAGGAAAAAAGGCUACGAUCUAGAUGAGCUAGAUCUCACCAUUCCAGCGCCGAUCUGCCAAGUUGUCACUGGAAAACAGGGGCUUUAUCAACAAAUUAAUAUCCAAAAGAAAUCGAUGACUGUACAAGAGUACAGUAAACUAGCCAAUUCCGAUCGUUAUGCCACUCCUCGUCACUUCGAUUAUGAGGAUUUGGAGAGGAAGUACUGGAAGAACAUAACGUACGUAGCGCCGAUUUACGGCGCAGAUGUAUCUGGUUCAUUAACCGAUCCGGACGUGAAAGAGUGGAACAUCAAUCAUCUAGGAACGAUUCUGGAUUACGUCAACAAGGAUUACGGUAUAUCCAUCGAUGGCGUCAACACGGCUUACCUGUAUUUCGGAAUGUGGAAAACUACGUUCGCUUGGCAUACGGAGGACAUGGACCUUUAUUCUAUAAAUUAUUUACACUUUGGCGCACCGAAAACGUGGUACGCUAUACCUCCGGAACACGGCCGUAGAUUAGAGAGGCUUGCCAGCGGCUUUUUUCCAUCUAGCUAUCAGAGUUGUCCGGCCUUCUUGCGCCACAAAAUGUCUCUGAUAUCUCCCCAGAUACUAAGGCAGUACUCUAUUCCGUGUAACAAGAUAACGCAAGAGGCUGGAGAAAUAAUGAUUACAUUUCCAUACGGUUAUCAUGCUGGUUUUAAUCACGGGUUCAAUUGCGCCGAAUCCACCAAUUUUGCAACGCCUAGAUGGGUAGAAUAUGGAAAGAGAGCUACGCAAUGUACCUGCAGUAAAGACAUGGUUAAAAUAUCUAUGGAUACUUUUGUAAAACGUUUUCAACCAGAAAGGUAUGAAUUGUGGCUACGUGGUGAAGAUAUUGGUCCCCAUCCGGAGGAUCCUAGGCAAACUGCCGCGCCAAUGCCUUCACAAAUGGAUCUAUUAUGUAGUAGUAGUAGUAACGGUGAAUUACCACAGAGUUACUUGAACGCAGCACCAAAAAGUAAACGACAUAUGAUUCAUAAGAAGAAGAACAUUAUAAGUACGAAUCCUAGUGUUAAUAUGGAAGAACUUGUGAACCGAGCGGAUAUCCCACCGGAUGUUAAAAAGGCCUUGCAAGAUCUUGAGUUUGAAGAUGUAUUAGAGGAGCCACCGGACGAACAACAAUUAGAGGUUCUAGAAGAUAUCUGGUUGAAAGCAGGAGAAAUGGAUGUUGAUGAAGCAACCGUGUACGAUGAUGGUUAUAAUCGUAAGAAAAGUAAGAAAAGAAAGAAAAAACAAAGCGGAGAAAAAGAAAAGAAAUCAAAAGCUGAAUCAAAAUCUAAAAAGGAUAUCAGCAAAAUUCAUACACAGGUUAUAGAUGAUAUAAUUAAAACCGAAGUGAAAAUUGAAGAAGAAGAAAACUUAGAAAAUACGUUUGAAUAUGUGUCUCAAGAAAAUAUUGAAGAAAUUCAUAUACCUCAGGGCAGUUAUAAUGACAAGAUAAUUAUAGAAGAUGAUACUGUUGAUCCUUUAAAGAUAGAUGACAAACCUUCAGAUUUUAAUUCUCCAGAUUUUAAUAUUUCGGAUUUUAAACCUCCAGAAGUGAAUUUGAAUCCUCCAGAAAUUAUUGAAAAAUGUUCCAAAAAGAAGAAGAAGCAUUCAAAGCAUAGUGAAAGAAAAUUAAAACCAAGUGAAAAAAAAUUAAAACCAAAACAUGUGUCUAAAAGUAAACGUAAACGUGAUGUAUUGCUCUUCGAUUCUAUAUCAACUUCAGAUGCCAGUGUUCAAUGUAAAAAGAAAUUACCGCCUUUUGAUAUUAAUAUUUCCGAGAACCAAAGAAAUAUGUUAACAUCAGUAACACCAGUAGUUAUGCUUGUUGACGAACUCAAUAAGAAAUUAUCCAAGAAUAUAACUAAUACUAAUCAAUUAAUAAAUCAUAUGUCUAAUGAUACGACAAGAUUAACAAAUACUGCAGUAGAGAGUAAUCCAGUUAUUUGUUCGUUGUCGAAUAAUAGAAGUGAUUCAACAAACAUAUUUACAAAUUCCAAUUUUACAAAAAAUCAUUACGCUACCGUACAAACUUCGAAUUCUGGAUAUCAGAACGAAAGUUCAAAAGCUGCCGUAGCCACUCAUCUGAAACAAUCUACAGUACAAUCUACAAUAAAUUAUAAAAAUACUACGAUGUCUACAAGUGCGAUAUCUACAGAAAACGAAUCGAUAAAAACUAAAUCUCCUAAAGAAAGUUUAUUAAAAGCACCUCGUUUAAUGUAUCGACCUGAUAUAUCAAUUAAAAUACCAAAACCACAAGUAGAAAAUGCUGAAAAACAGCAAGGAUUGCAUCCAAUUGUGGAAAAUGGACCUAGGCUUUGGUGUUCAAAUGUAUUGUUCGUACCAUCUCUCUGUCAAAAUCCACCAAUUUUGGAAAAUGAAAUAGAAAUGCAGUCUACGGAAAACAAUAGCGCUGCUAAAAAUACUCCACCGUCGUUAGAAAUUCCAGUGUUUUUUCAAAUGUCUAAUAUACAUAGUUCCGGUUUUUCCAAAAAUAAUGUGCCCCAGCCGUUCAAUCAACAUAGUUCGCUCUUUCAAAUCCCAGUAAGAUCUCCUAUGAUCGAUGAUUCCAAGGAGUGUGCACAGAAUUUAUGGCAAGACAAUCCUUCAUAUUCAAAUGCUUCUAAAGCAUCUACAAUAAAUAAGCAGAAAGCUAUGCAAAUUCCUGGAUUUAGGAAUUCAUCUUUGAUGAUAUCAAAGACAAACGUAUCAAAAUAUUCACCACCAAUCAUUAAUCAAUAUUCACCUUCUAAGCUUCUGAAAAAUACUGAAUAUCCUGAUAUGCCGAUAAAUACUGAUCCUUUAUCUGUGCCUACAAACUUUUUAAAACAAAGUACACCGAAAGUUACCAAAAGCGCGUCGCGGCCAAGAACGCAAAAAGGGCAUACAUCACGUAGAAAGUCAGCAAAGAAUGACAAAUUGAGUAAUAAUGAAUCUUCAAGUAACACUUCCCAAUCAUCUGUUACGAGUAUUUCUGUUGCAACUCAAAUUAACAAUCUUAUCGAUACAUCGAUACGGCCGAUUUUGUCUGAUACAAAUGACAUUUCACGACUAACAAUUACACGAAUAAACACAUCGCAUUCGAACAAUCGUGCUUCGAUUUCGAAGAAAAAACCGGCUGUAGCUAAUCAAAAUGAGGAUGAGCAUUCAAAUAUAAUUGACAAUAAGACACAGUUACAGAAAGAUAAUAUCUGCCCUAUGCCUAAGAAACAAUGUAGAACAUCUAUAUCAAGAAAAAAGCCCAAAGAAAAAAAAGCUACGACGAGAAAAAAGCAAUCGACUAUUGCUCCUGCGACUUUUGCUUCUGCGACUUUUGCUCCUGCGACUUUUGCCGCUGCGACUUUUGCUCCUACGACUGUCACUCCUGACAUAAUUGAUAUUGUUCUGGAUCCUAUUAAUCCUACGACUGCCCCUGCGUCCAUUGCUCCUACGACUAUUGCUCCUGCAACAAUGGCUUCUGCGAACAUUGCUUCUACGACCAUUGCUUCUAUGGAUGUUGUUCUUGAAGUUGCUUCCGCAGCCGUUGAUACUGCUUCUACAAUAAGUGUUUCUGAAACUGUUGCUCCCACGACUGUUGCUUCUGCAACUACUCCUGCAGUUGUUGUACCUACGGCUGCUGCUCCUGCGACCGAAACUACGAAAGAUCAAUUCAAGUCAACACAGCCUGCCGAUACAUCACAAUUCUGUAGUUCUCAGCUAGCAUCAAUGAUACCAGGGCACAUUUCUGAGAUGAUCUUUCCGAAGAUGCCAAAUAUUGAGCUGCUAAAAGCGUUCAAUGAUUAUUGGAGCGCUCAGGUCUCUCAUUGUGCAGUAUGCGCUACUUUUGCCUCAUGUACAAGCGGAAGCAGUAGAAUGAUGCCACCUGAUUGGAAAUAUUGCACAUCAACUAUGUUACCUGAUAGUACGCCCAUAUGGGUAUCGUCCAGUAUUUUUUUGGCAAAUUCCAAGGAGCAAAUUGUGGAGCCAGAAAAUAACAAACUGUUACGAUGCAGGGAGUGUCACGUAACUGUUCACGCAUCUUGUUAUGGUAUAACGCUACUACCAGCGGAUAUCCAAGACUGGGCGUGCGACAGAUGUAAAUGUGGUGCUAGGAAAAAUGCGAUAUGUUGCCUGUGUCCAAUGUAUGGCGGCCCUCUGAAGCGCACCAGUGACAGUAGAUGGGCGCACAUCUUAUGCACGCUUAUGAUACCAGGAGCUACGUUCAAAGAUGCCAUAAAUAAAGAUCCUAUCAACGUAUUAACACUUAUGACGGAUGUGCUGCAGAAAAAAUGUUGUUUCUGCGGACAGGAAAAUGGAGCGUGUCUCAAGUGUAACCAAUGCAAUAAUGUGUUCCAUCCAUCUUGCGGUCUCGUAGCAGGCGCUACGUAUACUAUACCGGUGUACAAUUCACAGGAGUUACAGGUAACGUGUAACGAACACGACGAGGGCAAGGAAAAGAUCCCGCAGAUACGCCAAGGGGAGACUGUCUGGGCGAAGCAUCGUAACGCCCGAUAUUAUCAAGCCAAAGUAGAAGCUAUCCAAGAUAUUCUCUUUUACAUGGUUACAUUUGACGAUAAGAGCUUCAGUGAUGAUCUGUAUCCCUCAGAUAUAAUUAAUUAUGAUCCUGGAAAUACACCUUCACUCGGAGCCGCAGUACAAGUUAACUGGACAGACGGUCAAACAUAUAACGGUGUUUUCGAAGGUACAAAUCAUCGGAUAAUGUUUACUGUGAUUUUCGAAGAUGGUUCUCAACUCGUUUUAAAACGCAAUGAAAUCUAUAGUUUACAAGAAGAUAUGCCAAAAAGAGUGCGUUCUCGUUUGUCUGUUGCAACUGAAAUGAAGCAUCGAUCUCAUCUUUAUGGCACAGAAGGUGAAACAGAGGCGCAUAGAAAAGUGAAACAAUCGAAAAAUUAUGAUUGAGUAGCAAUAUAACAUUUUAAUGUAAAUAAUUAUUAAGUGAAGGGAGCA